GAAAAAUAAAAAAUUGAUUUAAAUCACGAGAGUAGAAUGAGGGCUUCCACAUAGUAACACAGCGCCUGCAAAAACAAAACCUAAUUUACCAAACUCAGACACAGAGAUUUUCUCUUCCUAAUUUCCUAAGAUCUUUCUUCUUUCUUGUCUCAAUUUUAUCUUCACUUUCUCUCUCUCCGUUCUCAUAUCACUGCAAUGUGCUUAAUUUCAUCACUCUUUCACAACUAUGCCUGAGGAUAUUCCUAACAUGAAGGACUCUUGGUUUUUUGACAAGAAUUUUAACGGUUUGGAGGAUGAGGUUUUCGAUGAUGUUCUCCAGUUUUUUGAUUUUCCAUUGGAAGAUGUAGAAACUAAUCCUGCUGAAGAAGAUUGGAGUGCUCUUGGAGAGCCGUGUUUUGAUGUGUUUCCAGAGCCACCGGUAGGAUUGUGUGCCAAACCCAAAAUUGAGAAUCCCCAACUUGGGAAUGGCUUCUCUGCUCCGUGCAAUGAGAUCUCCCCAAUGAUAAAAGUGCCAAGAACUGCUGGACCAGCAUAUGGAAAAACUCUUCCCAACAAUGGAUCUUUCUUUGAAAAAAAAGUUGUGCUUCAAUACAGCCCGGUUUCUGUUUUCGAAGGAAGUAGUGCUUCCUCAGGUGAGAAUUCCAGCUUUGAUCUGCCUGUGAUCCCAGUAAAGCGUCCUCGAAGUAAACGCCGGCGUCCUUCAAGCUCAAAUCCUGUAUUCUCGCUUUCUUUCAUUGCUAAUCCAUCGGCAUUUCAAAAAUAUCUUAAGACACCUGCCUCCGACUCAGAUUUAAACAGAGUAAAGAAACAAAGAAAAAAGGACGACUCUGUGCUCUCAGGUGAUGCUGAGACAAAGAGAUCCUCAUCACAAGAAUCAGCUAUCAUUAGAAAAUGCACACACUGCGAGGUCACAAAGACUCCGCAAUGGAGAGAGGGACCUAAAGGCCCAAAAACACUGUGCAAUGCUUGUGGUGUUCGGUACAGGUCUGGACGCCUCUAUCCUGAAUACCGUCCUGCAAACAGCCCUACUUAUGUAGAAUCAGUCCACUCAAACUGUCACAAGAAGGUUCUGGAGAUGCGAGGCGUAGUCGUCAAAGAAGGUGUUAGGGGACGUUCUAUGUUGGCUUCAUCAACUCUUUCCGGAAAUUCUGUAGGACAACAACAUUCUCAUGGAUCUUAUUGACGACGAAUGGUACUUGUACCAGACAGGAACCUCCUUUGUUUGUGGUUUUAAUUUUAAUUUUAGUCUAUGUUAUAUUACUUAGCAUCAUUUGUUUAAUUAAUGUAAAUUGAUUGGUGAUUAUAAUAAGGUAGUUGCAGCAGAUCAGUGAUUAGUGCUUUGUUAGGCAUUGAGGAAACAUUAAAGUUGGAAGAGGUUGAGAAAUGGUAUGUUAAUGUAGAUGUAUAACUUGAUGAUGAUGAUGAUGAUGACAUGGCAUGGCAGUGAAGCUACAUGGUUGCUGCAUGUGCUAUGAAGACAUGAAGUCAAAGGAUUAAUUAAAAGACAAUGAUAUCACAUGUAUGGUAACAUGGCACAAAUCUGUUGUGGAAGAGCACAUGCAAUGCCUAUUGUAUGAGCAGACAGCUUCAAAAUGGGUUUUGUUAUUUACCAUUUUUAUAAACAAACUAUUAGAACUUGUUUUUUUUUUAGCAUUAUUAGUUUGAAGAAUUAGCUCCUACUUAAACUUUGGUGGUCAGUGUCUGCUGAUCUAUAAUUUGUUUUAUAAGGAUUUUGUUGUUGAUUUUAAUGUAUUUUAUUAUAUUUUAUACAUUUUAAAUAUUUUUA